UAACAAAGUGGUGAUUACUUACUCUGUGGUAAUUUUUAUUUAAUUUAUUUCCUUCCUAAACUUAAUAAAAAAAAUUUGUCUUUUGUUUAUUAGGUAUACUAAAACUAAAAAACUAAUCCGACCUUAUUUUAGAUACAUCGCCUUUUUAUCUGUACCUCAUAAUAAGGUACUUAAUUUACCGACAAAACAAGAAAAUAUUGUCUGCAUAUAGCUAAUUGCUAAUUUGCAUUCUUUCGUCUUCUCUUCAACGAAAUUGUAAAUAUAUGAACUAUUACUAACAUGGAUCUUGUAGAAUCUAUUAAAGAAGAUAAACUAUAUUUAAAAUGUAAACGUACUGUGAAAUCUUGGGAAAAAGAUUUUAAAAUAAAAUAUGCUCGCACGCCGUCCAAAUUAGACAUUAAAGAAGCUCCAGCCAAAAUAAAAUAUGCAUAUAAAAAGUAUUUUCAAUUGAAAAGUGUAGCUCUAGAAAAUUCAUUGUCUGUAUGUGACUUUGAAGAUGAGUCUCAGUUAAGUCAAUCGCCGGAGCAAGUCACUAAUUUAGAAAGUUCUUGUGAGUCUCCACAUCUUCAAUCUGAACAGUUAUUACCAGAUUUACCAACAGGUCAAGAAUUGGAAAGACUUUUAUCUAGUAACAAACAGACUAAAUCACAAAGUGUAGAAUUUCAUAAUCAAUUUGCUGAUAAUUUGUCCAAAAAAAUAUUUCAGUCUAGAAAGUUUUCUUUAAGGAAUCCACGGAAAAUGACAGUUUCCAAAACUCAAUCUGUAACAGAAAUGCCGAACAAUAUUGCUGAAAAAAGUACCUGUGAAGCCAGUACUUUUAUUCCCACAAUAGAGGAAAAUGUGUAUUCUAAUAUUUCAUUCACUACAGAAAGUAGUUCCACAUACACAUUAAGCUCAGUGACAAGUGUGAAUAAUAUGGUGGAAUUAGUUCCAAAAGUAAGGCAAGUUGAUGGAGCGUGGCUCGAAAGGGCAACUGGACUUAAUAACACAGCUGCUAAAGAUAAAAGCAAUACUAAUUUAAAAUCAGAAUUUGGAUUACGCAAUGUAAAUGUUAUAAAACUAGCAGAGAAACCUUUUGAUUAUAUCGAGAAUAGUGAAUCGGAGGAAGAAGAUAACAUAUCAAUUAAUAAGUUAAAAUCUGCUCUGAAGAAAAGAAGACUAGAUAGCGGUGUACAUUCUGUGGAUAAAGAAAAGUCGAAUAUGAAAAAUCAAGUUACAAAUGAAUCAAGAAAUUGUGAUAAAAGUUCAAAUAUCAAAGCAAAAAGGAUGUCACAACAUAAAAAACAAAGAUUACAAAAAAAUAUUGACGAAUGCAAUGAACAACAACCCCCUAAUAUAGCUCAAUAUGUACCAUUUGGAUUAGAAGAAGAUAUUAUUCCACGCCAUAGGAACAUUACAAAUAUAUUAAGUACAUUUAAGACUGAUCUAAUGAAUGAAAGUAAAAUUGAAAACUCUUGUAAUGCAAAAGAAUUUGAUAAAUUAGCUAAUAAAAUUAAAAGUGGAACUUUAAAUGAUAACUUUGUGAAAAUUAAUAUUGAAAAGAAAGUGUUUGUUAGAGGUAAAAAGAACAUAAAUUUUUCAAAAUAUAAAAAGCAGCAAUGGAAGAAUAAAAAAUCUCUUCAUGGUGGCAUGGAAUUUCCUGAGACUGGUAAAAUUACAUGUUACAAAUGUAGUUCCACUGGACAUAUGGCUAGGUACUGUACAGCGCACAGAGGAGAUGCACUUUUACCAUUAGAUAAUUAUGAAGAAAAUACUUUGCCAUCUUUAGAUGACAUGCAAGAUAUUGUAGAUAAAGAAGCAAACAAUAUGACCAUAUCAGAUCAGUUAAGUUUAUCCAUUUAUAAAUCUAGUCAAAUUCCUGACGCUGUCAUGAAAGUACUAGCUAAGACACAAGAUAAUAAUACUAAUAUUAAACCUAUUUAUUCAUAUGGCGAAUUAGAAACUCCAAAAGAAUUAUAUGAAGCUCUCCAUAAAUUUGGACAUGAAACAUUUCGAUCAGGUCAGGAAGAAGCCAUCAAAAGGAUUUUAUGCGGUAUGUCAACACUGUUAAUAUUAUCAACUGGAGGUGGUAAAUCACUUUGCUACCAACUUCCUGCUUAUAUAUAUAGUCAACAUUAUAAAUGCAUAACUUUAGUGAUCUCACCAUUAGUUUCAUUAAUGGAAGAUCAAGUACUUAGUAUGCCAGAUUUCCUAAAAGCAGGUUGUUUGCAUACAAAUCAGCCUCCCACACAACGACAAAAAAUAAUACAGUGUUUAAAAAAUGGUGAAAUCAAUAUCCUUCUUAUAUCUCCUGAAGCUUUAGUAUCAGGAGAUUUAUCUAAUGGUUUUUCAGGCAUCUUUAAGUCUUUACCUCAAAUAGCCUUUGCUUGUAUUGAUGAAGUACAUUGUGUUUCACAGUGGAGUCAUAAUUUUAGACCCAGUUAUUUAAUGAUAUGUAGAGUAUUACAAGAGAAACUUAAAAUAAAAUGUAUUUUGGGUCUAACAGCCACAGCCAGUCAACAAACAAUCAAAAGUGUAAUCAAUCACAUAAAUAUACCUGAUAAUAUAAAUGGCGUUAUAAUAAACCCAACUCUGCCAGAUAACCUUUGUUUAUCGGUUUCUUAUGAAAAAAAUAAAGAUCAAGCUCUAGUAGCUUAUCUUAGAUCUGAACAUAUUAGUUCUUUCAAUUCUAUUAUUGUGUAUUGCAUACGAAGAGAUGAAUGUGAAAGGGUUGCUGCUCUACUUAGAUCAUGUCUUCAAGAACCAAAUAAACUUACUAUGGAACGACAGCAUAACAAAAGAAAAAGAAUGUCGUAUAUUGCUGAAGCAUAUCAUGCUGGAAUGUCUGGAGCACAAAGAAAGAAAAUACAAAAACAUUUUAUGGACGGUACAUUAAAAAUUAUAGUGGCAACUGUAGCUUUUGGUAUGGGGAUAAAUAAAUCAAAUAUUAGAUGUAUUAUACACUACAAUAUGCCUAGUAGUUUUGAGUCAUAUGUUCAAGAAGUUGGUCGUGCAGGACGUGAUGGAAAAAAUGCUUAUUGUCAUGUAUUUAUGAAUGAUAGUAAUAAUGAUAAAAAUGAGCUUCUCAAACAUAUUUAUGCUAACAGUAUUGAUAGGCCUACAAUAAGAAAAUUACUACAAAAAGUAUUUGUGCCCUGCAAUUGUAAUUGUGAUAAAAAUGAACAACUUUCUUCUGAAAGUGCAAGUACAAGCAUGCGAUGUAAAGGACAUGAGAUUGGAAUACCAAUUGAUAGUACAGUAGAAGAAUUGGAUCUGCCCUCUGAAAAUAUAGCUACAUUAUUAUGUUAUGUUGAACUACAUUCUAAAAAAUACAUUAAAGUUCUCAAUAACGCUUAUACUUUAUGUAAAAUUGCUUCCUAUGGUGGUCCAGCCAAAAUUUUAGAAGCGGCAAAAACAUGUAGUCCUCUUGCUAUGGCAUAUUUACUUUUAAGUAAAAAAGACCCUAAUAUUCUAACAAAAAAUAUUUUGGUAUUUAAUGUAAUUGAAGUUGCAGCAGCCAUUGGUUGGGAAAGUGGAUUGACAAAAUAUCACUUGAAAAAUCUAGAAUGGAAGACAGAAGAAGGAGUGCCUAAAAGAUCCUUAUUAAAAGUUGAAUUUAACACACUAGGUUUUAGGAUUAAGGCUCCAGGAGACUUAAGACCCUUUGAACUUGAUUCAAUAUUAGAGGAUUUACAUGGAACAGUAAUUUUUCAGGAGAAAACAAUGUUGUAUCAAUUAGAAGAAAUAAAUGUAGCUUUUACCACUAUCGCAAAUUAUUCUUUGGAAAACUUUCAGUUGUCGGGAACAUUCUUAGAUGAAAAGUCAAAUGAAUUGAAAUCAAUAAUCAGGACAUAUUUUCAAAGAAAUGAGACUUUACCAAUAGAUAUUAUGAUUAAACAAAGACCACUGGAUGUUGAUCGAAUAACAUCCGAUGUUCGUGCCUUAAUAUCAUCAUACAAAGAUUGUAAUUUUACUGGUCGUAGUAUAGCAAGAAUUUUUCAAGGUAUAUCAUCACCCAAUUAUCCAGCAAUUGUUUGGGGUAGAUGCAAAUUUUGGCGAUCACAUAUACAUGAAGAUUUUCAUGGUAUAAUUAAAAUUGCGACACAACAAAUUCUUACAAUGAAAAUGGCUUAAAAGUUAUAAAUUUGAUUAAAUAAACAUAAUAACUAUU